UCCUACGAAGCAAUAUCUUACCACUGGGGUGACCAGAAUGACACACGGGUCGUGUACUGCGAGGGCAAGCCGCUGCGUGUCACCGUCAGUCUCUACACUGGCCUCAAAAGGCUCCGGCGGCAAGAUAUCGUCAGGGUCUUCUGGGCAGAUGCAGUGUGUAUCAACCAGAAGGACACACUGGAGAAGAACGCGCAGCUCCCGCUGGUGAGCCGCAUCUACUCCCAACCGAGCCGUGUUCUCGUCUUGUUGGGCGAGAACACUUCCGCACCGGCUGAUCGUACCGAUGGAGGGCAGCGGCUGCGAGCAGAAGGGAAGCCAAACGUUCUUGAUUAUAACUGGCGUCGCAUGAACAGUCUUCUCUGUCGGCCAUGGUUUGACAGAAGGUGGAUCAUUCAAGAGGUAACGCUCGCAGACGACACGGUGCCCCGACUCGCCAUUUGCGGGCAUGUCGAAUUCUCGUGGAACGACCUGGCUUCCGUGGCCUGCAGGAUUGCAGCUUACGGAAUUCCUCCCCUGCUCGCUGGGUUGUCGACCAGUACGUGA